GAAACUUGGACAAACAUGAGGAGCUGGAAAAGCUAGUUGCCAGGUUCCUAGGUGUGGAAUCUGCGAUGGCAUAUGGAAUGGGGUUUGCAACCAAUUCUAUGAACUUUCCCCUUCUAAUUCAGGGCUGUCUGAUUUUGAGUGAUGAACUGAAUCAUGCAUCAUUAGUGCUCGGAGCAAGACUAUCAGGAGCAACUAUUCGAAUCUUUAAGCACAACAAUAUGCAAAGCCUGGAGAAGCUGCUCAAAGAUGCUAUUGUGCAUGGGCAACCUCGUACACGGAGGCCCUGGAAAAAAAUUCUUAUCUUGGUGGAAGGAAUAUACAGUAUGGAGGGAUCCAUAGUCCGUUUGCCUGAAGUGAUUGCCCUUAAGAAGAAGUACAAAUCCUAUCUGUACCUUGAUGAGGCUCAUAGUAUAGGUGCCCUGGGUCCCAGUGGCCGGGGUGUAGUGGAGUAUUUUGGACUCAGUCCUGAAGAUGUGGAUGUUAUGAUGGGAACAUUCACCAAAAGCUUUGGAGCUGCUGGAGGAUACAUUGGGGGCAAGAAGGAACUGAUUGAUUAUCUCAGGACAUCCUCUCACAGUGCUGUGUAUGCAACAUCACUGUCACCUCCUGUUGUGGAGCAAAUCAUCACCUCCAUGAAGUGCAUUAUGGGUGAAGAUGGUACAACUGUUGGGAAAGCGCGUGUGCAGCAGCUAGCAGAGAACACAAGAUAUUUCAGGAGGCGACUGAAAGAGAUGGGCUUUAUCAUCUAUGGAAAUGAAGAUUCCCCUGUUGUGCCUCUAAUGCUGUACAUGCCAGCAAAAAUUGGUGCGUUUGGGCGUGAGAUGCUGAAGCGGAACAUCGGUGUUGUGGUUGUGGGCUUCCCUGCCACCCCCAUCAUUGAAUCCAGAGCUAGAUUCUGUUUGUCUGCAGCUCAUACCAAAGAGAUGCUUGAUAUGGCUUUAAAAGAAAUCAAUGAAGUUGGGGAUCUUUUGCAACUGAAAUAUUCCCGUCACCGUUUGGUACCUCUCUUGGACCGGCCAUUUGACGAGACAACAUAUGAAGAAACAGAAGACUGAACUCCCUCCGUGUGCCUUGGUGGGAGGGACACACCCCAUGGGACCUCCGUGGCACACAGGCCACAGUGUCCAUGAACAACACACUUAUGACUGCUUAGUAUAAAAGACAUUUCCUCACAAUACUGAAGUGGCCACAUCAGCUCAAAAUGGCAUUUUGUAAAUAGGGAGACGAGAAAAAAAAGCUUUGAUUCCUGUGUCUUCAGGGUCUGGCCCUAGAGGUGCUUGGCUUUAUUUUUUUUCUCGUUGCUUUUUUUAUUUAUUUGUCUCAAUGAGUUCACAGCAACCCGAGCUGGCUGUGGCUGACCAGCUCAGACUUUGUAUGCACCAUUAGCCUCCUAAAUGCUGGCUGAGAUGUUGUGAGCAUGUGUGACGCUGGCAUGGCAGCAUUUCCAGUGUCACUGCUAGGUGUCUGACCUUCCCAAUAACAAGUGAGCUGACCUGUCUGUUCUUGGAGACUUCCUAGAGAAACUGUUGAUUGCUAACUUUGACAUAUUUAACAAGAUGGAUAAUCAACCGAAGUUGGUGGUUUGUUUGUUGGGUUUUUUUUUCUUUUGCAGUUACUUGGGUUUAAAACUUGAACUUAUCCUUUUUAAAAUAAAUGUGUUGUUGACAUGUCACUGACAGGACCAUUGUUCCCAAACAUUAUUUAGUUUUGUAAGCCACAGGCAGAAGGACUUUUGGGACUCUAGCCUCUUUUCCUUCCCAGUAUGCAUAGCAGCUUGUCUCCUGGUUUUGACAUUAAUUGUCCUCUUGAUACAGGUAGAAGUGAAUGAAAGAAUCUUGAGAGAUCACAAAGGAAGAAAAGCUGCUUAAGAAAUAGACUUCAGUCCCUGCCAACUUUUCUGAGACGUUCUAAUUGAAAAUGACUCCUGGUAUUUCUUGAGAUGCAAAAUUCAAAAGGAAAUGAAGGCUGCUUUUGAACAAAGGGGUUUGCCCUGUACUGUACAUAGGCUAAACUUACUCAUAAAUAUACAAUAGCUACCUUCCCAGUACCUCUCUGAAGAACUUAGCAAGCAAGAUUUUUGCCUCUGCUGAGCAGAGUGAAGAGUUUAGAACCAUUAUAGUUUUCAAGGCUGAUGGCCAUAUUCUUUUAUUCUUAAGGCAACUGAGAAGCUCCUAUUACCAAGCAUCAGCGAAGAGUGAGAGAUCUGCUUCUUGUUAGAAACU